AUGUCGAUACUGUGGGAGAAGAGCGGGACAUGGCGGUGGAUAGUGAACAAGACCCGUGACUCGAAGCCCUUCUUCUUGGCCUUCGCUACCGUAUGCGGCGUCGUUCCGGGUGUCAUUGGCUACUUCGUUAUGCAGACCACCAACUCCCGAAAUGAACAGCUCGAGGCCGAACUCCGCCGCAACGCCCGACCCGAAUCCAUCAGGAUGGGGCAAGUAAAUAAAGAAAGAUUGGCUGAAUUCCUUGGUGAGUUGCAGCGGAAAGAAAAUACAAAUGAUCGCUAUGUUGCUGCACUGAAAGGAGAGACAUUGACUAGGAAUCCAUAUGUGAGAAUUCAACCGAUUCCGAAGCCAAGCAACACCGAAGCUGAUAAGGAACAGAAGUAG